AUGUCUAACGAGAACACUGCGCCUGAAUUUACGGGUUCUCAACCAAAUCCCGACAUCCAAUCAAUCGUCAACCGCAUCAAAAAUGGUCAAGCCAAGCGAAUCGUCGUCUUAACAGGCGCCGGUAUCAGUACCGGCGCAGGGAUCCCAGACUUCAGAUCCCCGACCACAGGACUCUAUGACAAGCUGGCGCCACUGAGACUCCCAUACCCAGAGGCGAUCUUCCAUAUCAGCUAUUUCAAGCACACACCCGAGCCAUUUUACGCGAUUGCAAUGGCAAGACACCCGGGCAAUCUCAAGCCAACGGUGACUCAUGCAUUCCUAGCAUUACUAGCCAAGAAGAACCUUCUGCACUUUCUUUUCACUCGGAAUAUCGACGGUCUUGAACAAAAUGCUGGUGUCCCGGAAGACAAAGUCCUCUGGGCGCAUGGUAACUGGAAGAAUCAGCACUGUGACAAAUGCAAGGCGCAUUAUCCUGAUGAUCUUAUGAAGAAAGUUAUUGGGGCGGGCGAGGUGCCUUAUUGUCUGCAGGGCGGAUGUGGUGGUGCAGUGAAGCCUGACGUUGUGUUCUUUGGGCAGGAUCUCCCAGCGGAGUUUGAAGAAAGACAAAAGGAGGUUCAUGAGGCGGACCUGAUGCUUGUGAUGGGAACGAGCGCUCCUUGCUCGGGUUUGCCGCGCUCGGUUAGAGAGGGGAUUCCACGCGUUUUGAUCAAUAAUGAAAAAGCGGGUGAUUUUGGAAGUCGGGAAGAGGAUGUUUGCAUUAUUGGCACGUGUGACAAUGGUGUUCGUCAGUUGGCCGAUGCGUUGGGUUGGAGGGAAGAGUUGGAGACUCUCUGGUCUGACGCAGUCGCUGCUAAGAAAGAUGAAGAAUUUUUUGAAAGCGGCCCCAGUCUGGAAGAAUGCAUCGAGCGAUAUGCUGGUACUCUACAUACUAAGAUGAAGAUAUCGGAGGGGCACAAGCGAAUGUUGGAAGGUCAUCUUAGCAACAAGCUAAGCCAGAUGAUGUACAAGAAGCUUGAUUUGAACUGA